UUCCCUACCCCCACCCCACCCCUAUAAGGAGUUCAGGUUAAGGAUUUGGUUUACAAUGAAUGGUGCAUGACCCUUUGAGUUAGUUCUUUAUACACAGGAAAUUGAUACUUCCCCUUCUUGUGCUCUCUCCGUAUACAGUGGAACCUAGGUGAGAAGGCCGCAGAUGACACACAUGCACACAUAAAAGUCUAUUUUGAAAGAUCGGGGUUGGGAACUCAUGUUAUGUUAUAUCCCUUUUAAAAAAAAUUGAACACGUCCGUGCAAAUUUUGUGCAUUGAUGUCAUUAUGUUACGUAUUGAUGUCUCAAGGAGUUCGUAUGUUUUGAAUUAUCUUCCUAUUCUGUAUAGUUUUGGCCAUAUGGGAUUCAGAGUUUGCUAACAGUGGUAUCAAUUUUUAUUUCUAUAUGCAUUUCCAUUUCGUGCCCUAUUAAUACAGAAUUUUUCUUGCUGUCAUCCUCCCUGAAAUAUGUACAAUGAUGGAAUUUUCUUUCGUUGAAAGGUUGUAAAGAAAAAUAUUAGUUUUCAUUUGAGUAAUAUAAAGCUUCUAUAAUGCAAUAGUAGGAAGAUAUGAUGGUUUUGAAAGGACCAUCAUGCUAAGGUAACUCUGUUCGUAGGGGACCGUGUAAACGAAAAGCUUAGAUUGUUGCAGGUCAUUACAAGUGGUCACUUUCUUACAUUGACAGGUUAUAUAAAUUCAUCGAUAGGGGGCUUUUCUUAUAUAAAGUUUUCAAGCCACUUUAUGCGAUAGUUUUCAUAUAUUAUAAUGUGGCUUUGGUGCUUAUUUUACUUUGUUGGCGAAUUAUUGCAUCUAAUUUUGAUUAAUUGGGUACUUGUGUUAACAUUCAAGGAAAUAAUAACUGUAAAUGGAUGCUAAGCUUCAUAUACUGUUAAUAAGAUGUGUUUCCACUGCCCAAAAGGUACACUUUCUCCAAGUAGUGGUGUAGUGGACUUUAUCAUGCCCAUUUAUGCGUUUUCUUGCGAGUUUCUGGGUACCUAUGCACUUGAAUGCCAUCAUUGAGUUAUUCGUAACUUGAAUUUUAUGUUGCCAGUCUCUUAGAUCCAGGAAAUAGCAAAGUUGACAUUUAUUCCUCUAAAUUUUGAUAAUAGAACUUGCCUCUCUCUUUCUCUCCAACUGCUCCCUCAACAAAUCACUCUCUCUCUCUCUCUAACUGCUGUCUGAUUGAUCAGGAGACUCAUUAUAUCGAUUAUUUGAUGUCAAUCUUCUACCAAUAGGUUUUGUGUUGAAGGUAUAAUGUGAAUUCGUGAUUUGUCUCUCAUGAAUUGCUCUUCGGUGUCUGUAGGACUCUCAUAUUAAGAUGAAUGCCAAUGUGCCCCACAUGAUUUUCACUACUGGUGCACACGAGUUCAGAAUAGGUCCUCAAUUGUCUAUGACAUUAUUCACAAAUCCAAUGUUCAUUGCAUCCCAGUUCUUUGUUUUUUAAUUAGUGUGUGUAUUCUCAAGACUCUGUUGAAAAUAUAUAUCUCAUGCGUUUGAGCUGAAUCUCAACUCUUAAAGGUUUAACUGCUCUAUCCUGCUUCCAUUUUAAUUAAAACCAACUUUUUUGGGAAUCCUAAAUAAAGUGGGAGAGAUGUUACCAUAUUGGGCUAUCGUUUUAUUGUUACCUGUUGUGAUUGUGCCUAAAACUCAUGUACAUGUAUGCUUGUCUGGGUGGUGUUGUGUAACUUAAAGUACUUCGACUUUGCAUUGAAGCCAUGUGUUCUAGCUUCAAAUAAGGAUGAGAGCCUAGUCUACUAUGGCCAGUGAUCCUUGAGAUUGUGAAAGUAUGACUUUCAAUUUCUUAAAUUAUCAUCUCUAUCUUCUUGAUUCAACAUCUCUUUCCAGGUUAACGAGGCAAUUGAAUUGGCACCAGAAAAGAUUUUGACAAGCAUUAACCAGAAUCCGGAGAGAGCGAUAAAUACUUCAGAACCAAGGAUCUUAAAGCUACAGUUUCCAAACAAAGUCGGUCUUCCAGUCUUUACAGGGGAGGAGAUCAAAGGAGAAGGGGGUAACUCUAUUACAAUAGAAUUAAUCGACGAUUUAACUGGGCAAGUUGUUAACUCGGGACCUGAAGCUUUUUCAAAGGUGGAAAUAGUACCUCUUAUGGGAGAUUUUGAUGGUGAUGAAAGAGACAAUUGGACACAUGAAGAGUUUAAUGAUAAGAUUUUCAGGGAAAAUGAAGGAAGAAACUCUCUUCUUGUUGGAAGUGUAGACCUCAAACUACAUGAAGGCAUUGGUCGUGUAGGUGCUAUUAAGUUCAAACAUGGUGCACACUGGAUGAAAAUACAGAAGUUCAGGCUGGGGGCAAGGGUUGUAGAUAGGGUUACUGGGACUAGAGUUAAAGAGGCAAAGACAGAAUCCUUCUUAAUCAAGGAUCGCCGAAAUAAACGUUCCAAGAAGAGUGGCCUCCCAUCUCUUUGUGAUGAUGUAUCGCAAUUAAAACAUAUUGGCGAACGUAGUCAUCUACGUAAGUGUUUGAACGAGGCAAACAUCAACACUGUGCAGGAUUUUCUGACCUUACUUAACAUGAACCCUGAAAGGCUCCAACAGUUACUUGGACCUGGGGCUAAGAAGGAGGUCACAUUGGACCAUGCUCGAAAAUGUAUAAUCGACAAAAAGGUGUACUUGUACCAUUAUCCCCCUUCUCAACAAAAUACUGGCGUCGUUUUCAAUGUUGUGGGACAAGUGCUGGGAUUACUCUUGACGUGCCAAUAUGUUCCUUUUGAUAAGCUGUCUAAAAUUCAAAAGGUUGAUGCUCAUAAGUCGGUAGUAUCUGCACUUGCACAUUUGGACAAUGCACUCCUCUUCGAUGAUGAGACUUCUCUGCUGCAAUACUCUUCUGACCGAUCCAAUGCUUCUGAACCCUCAUACUUACCCAAUAUGGAUACUCAUAGAGGUCAGAACUUUGUGGCUUUUGAAAUGAAUCGCGAAUAUGGCCACACACUGCCAAGUGCCUCUUUUCAGGGUAUCAAUUCAUCUGAUGCUUUUUACCCUUCAAUUUAUCCCAUCCUACAGAGACCUAGUGACCAUAUCUCUGAAAUGAGUGUUGAAUAUCGCCAUACACAACAAAGUAUCAUUCCAUCCAUCAGUCCUCCUGGGGGUACAUGUAGUGUGGAUGAUUUUGGCGUGGCCGGUCAAGGAAAUAUGGUGUUAAUUGUUGACACUCCUGUAAGUGCACCAGGCCAAGGGCCUAACUUCCCAACUCCAAGCAUCAAUCUAGAGGAUAUUUUUCCAGGUUUUGAUGAGUUUGAGCAUCAUAAGUUUCUCAAUGAAAAUUUGAACUUGCAGUCAGAGGCCCCCGGUCCAGAAUUGGAUGCCAAUCAACAUAGUGCUGCCACAGGUUUCAUUUUUGUCGGACCUCAGCCUGACAAGGCCCUGAAGAGUUGGACAAUGUUGUUCAGUGUUGUGAGAUGUUUCUCAAAAUGGAGGAAUUUUGCUUUAGAUGGAAUUCAUGUCCAGAAGAAGACGAGAUUCUGUUAAUGGACUCUGCAUAGAAAAGUUGUAACAAUGACAAUCACACGCAUAUAAUUCUUGUAGGUGCUGCCAGGUGAAGAUCACGAGCAGUUGUGAAGAAGGGUAAGUUUUCUUAGAUGUUUAUACAGUUGGUAGUUUGUGAAUGGUUAUAUGGCAGCGCUGCUAGCCGGAGAUUGCUAUAUGCACUUUUUUCAUACAUAAACGUUGACUUACGUGUUUUUUUUCAGUGUUACUCUUGAUGCAG